AUGUCGCCUCGGAAACCCCAGCAGCCCGGGAGGCUGUUCCAGAAGCGCCGGCACCGCCAGGGCUGGGGGCUCCUCCGGACAUGGAGGCGCUCGGGGCAUUCCCGGCCGCUCCGGACUGUGUCCAGGCUGGCCCAGCUCCGAGGAUGGAGCCUCCUCUCGGGCACCCUGCUCCACCGUUCAACCCCCCUCACCACAAAGAGCCCCCGCCUGCGCGACCUGCACGACGAGAUGGCCGCGCUCAAGAGCCACUUCCAGGCGCAGCUGCUGCAGGAGAUGAGGAAGGUAACGAGCUCGCUGGGUGCUGAAUCCCAGGGGGCGACGGCAGCUCUGCUCCGUCCGGGCGCUAUCGCUGACGGGGCUGGGGCUCUCGCUGCGCUCGUCGUCACCGUGGUCAGGCGCUUCCAGCCGGGAUUCCUGUUGGCGUCUGGAUGGCCACAAGGGCAGCGGGCGCUGGGUGUUUGCGGAGGCUCCUUGGAUACCCCCGAAUUCCAUUGGUCUCCGUGCAAUGAACCCUGGCGUUACACAAAUCCCACUUGGAUGUGCAAGGCUCCAAAGAACAUGCCAGCUUUUAAAAUCCCCUUCCAGCCCGUACCGGCCCAGCCCGCGCCGGGCAUCGAGAAGCUCUGCGAGCUGGAGCUGCCCGCGGGCGCCGAGCCGGGCGACGGCGAGAAGGCCACGGCCUCCUACUACCAGCAGGAGCUCAAGCAGCUCAAGGAGGAGUUCGAAAGGUACAAGAUGAGGGCGCAGGUGGUGCUCAAGAACAAGUCGGCCAAAGACGGCAGCCUGGCCAAGGAGCUGGAGGAAGCUCAAGAGCAGCUGGCCGAUCUGAGGGAGAAGUACAUCGCGCUGCGGCUCUCCGCGGAGGAGACGGAGAAGCGGCACCAGCAGGAGCUGGAAGCCAAGAAGCAGGAGCUGUCCCAGCUGCAGCAAAGCCACCGGCAGGACCUGGAGCGGUGCCAGCUGGAUUACAGGGAGCGAACGCUGAGGCUGGAGGAGGAGAUGCACAAGCAGCGGGACCGGGCGCUGGCCGUGCUGGCGGAGAAGGACCCGGACUUCCGGUACGCGGAGCAGCUGGCGCGCAAGGAGGUGGAGAUGGCGGCGCUGAGGAAGCAGAAGCACGGGCUGGAGACGGAGCUGCACCAGCUCCGGGAGAAGGUGCUGCUGGAGGAGGAGAAGCACCGCGAGGAGGUGUCCGCGCUGCAGGGCAAGCUCCAGAAGAACCGCAGGGAUAAGAGCAGAGAGGGGGCCAACCUGGAGUACCUCAAGAACAUUGUCUAUCGGUUUCUGACGCUGCCGGACUCCCUUGGCCGCCAACAGACCCUCACUGCCAUAUUGACUAUUCUGCACUUCAGCCCGGAGGAAAAGCAGAGCAUUGCGAAGCAGUCGGCGUUCCGGUGGCUUUCUGGGAAGAGAUGA